UCAUGCUGAAGAAGGAGAAAUACAAAUGUGUAUGUGCCGGUUUGCCUCUGGUGGUUACCGUGGAGGCAUUCACACGCCUGUCCAUUUGGCAUUAUUAUGAGCGAUCCCCAGACAGAAGAACUUAAGGUCAAGUUUUACAGAGAUAACCAAGGACAUCUUAAAGGAGACAGGCUGUGCGAUCAUUGGAAGAGGGAAGCUGUGGAUCUUGCAUUCAUGCAUUUGGGUGAAGAUGACAUUGGAAACUGCACGUUGCAGGUUGAGGUGGCCAAGUAUCAACGGAAUGGGAAAUAUGAGGCUUCAGGAAGGAAGUGCGCGAACCACAGGAAGGCUCCGUCUCUACGGCAGAAGCGGCCACGCCGCAGCCCAUCCAAACGCCGCGACACGAGUGAGUUGUCCUCAUCGAACAUAUUUCAUCCUGUGGAUUUUGAGGAUGGCCAGAGAAGACCUUCAAGGAGAGUCAAGUUUGGACCAACUCGGAGGCUCAUUCUCUUUGACAGACACCCAGCUGGUGAACCUGUAUCCUGGAGGAAUGCAGGAGCAGCUGCUCAUUGUAUUCAAACCUUUGAUGGAAAGUGGUUUGAAUGAUAAUGGUUGAGCAGACUCCAAGGCUGAGAGGACGGGCGGGCGGCUUCCUUCAGUGUCCCUGAGGCCAACACACUCAGUGCUCCGAUUCCACAGAGGGGGACUUUGGGUGG